AUGAAGGAGCAGCAGCUUACGGUGGCCCUUCGCAUCCGUCCCAUCAACGAAGCAGAAGUGGAGGAGGGAGCUGCCCUCGUCGCCCGCAGCGUGGGUGAGCAGAGGGUGCUCCUGAUGGAUCCAACUGAAGAUCGGGAUGACAUCUUGCGAGCUAACAGAUCCCGAGAAAAAACAUUUGUAUUUGACAUGGUUUUUGAUCACAGAGCAACCCAGGAGGAAGUAUAUGUGUCCACGACCAAAAAACUGAUAGGAGGAGUCAUUUCUGGUUACAAUGCAACCAUUUUUGCAUACGGUCCAACAGGAGCAGGGAAAACCUACACAAUGUUAGGGACAGACUGUGAACCAGGGAUCUACAUCCGCACUCUUGAUGACCUCUUUAAGGCCCUUGAAGCUGCCACUGAGGAGAUGGAUUAUAGAGUCUCCAUGUCCUACCUGGAGAUCUAUAACGAAGUGAUCCGUGACCUCCUGAACCCAUCCUCGGGGUUCUUAGACCUGAGAGAGGACUCCAGAGGCAGCAUCCAGAUAGCAGGAAUUACAGAAGUCUCUACUACAAAUGCUCAGGAGAUCAUGCAGCUGUUAACAAAAGGAAACAAGCAGCGCACCCAGGAACCCACUGCUGCCAACAAGACGUCCUCCCGCUCGCACGCAGUGCUGCAGGUGACGGUGAUGCAGAAAAGCCAAAGGCAGGCAAUCGGCGAGGAAAUGAGAACUGGAAAGCUCUUCAUGGUCGAUUUGGCAGGGUCAGAGAGAGCAGCACAGACUCAGAACCGGGGCAAGAGGAUGAAGGAAGGAGCCCACAUCAACCACUCGCUGCUGGCUUUGGGCAACUGCAUCAACGCUUUGAGCGAGAAGGGAGGGAGCCGGACCCAGUUUGUCAAUUUUCGAGACAGCAAACUCACGCGCCUGCUGAAGGACUCAUUAGGGGGCAACAGCAGGACUGUUAUGAUCGCACACAUCAGCCCAGCCAGCACCUCCUUUGAAGAAUCUCGAAUGACCUUGAUCUAUGCCUAUCGAGCAAAAAACAUCAAGACACAGGUAAAAUGUAACCUGCAGAACGUCUCCUACCACAUCAACCAAUACACCAGCAUCAUUGCGGACCUCCGCAGGGAGAUCGAGCGUCUGAAGGAGAGGGUCAAAAACCAGGAGAAGGAGAAGAGUACAGUCAGCACCAACCUCAGGGAUCUGCAAGGUAGAGCCAGGAGCAAGAGAACUAGAGGUGACCGAAGGCACCAAGGCUCUGAGGCACACAGUGGCCAAGCAAUGAACGCCUUGCGUGUGCAGCUGAUGGGGGCUUUCAGGGAGCAAAUGGAGAUGCGUCGCAGCCUGAUGGAGCUGGAAAACACCAACAUUGAGCUGCACGUUGAUACCUGCAGGCACCUGCUAACAAUCACAGACUGGGAGCGAAAGAAGGCUCAGGGUGCAUGCAAGUAUGACAAGCCAGCACAGGAGGAGAGAGAUGAAAAUGCAGAGGAAGAAGACAGGGAAGCGGGUAUCACAGAUUCACCUGAACCUCAUGAAGUUACAGUAGCAAGAGAAGAGAUCAACCUGCUGCUGGCAGAACAGCGCAAGACGGCAGCCCUGAAGAUGGAGCUGGAGCAGCAAUUGGCAAAUGCCAAGGAAAAAGCUUCCCAGAUGGAGGAGUUUUUCCCCAGACAAAUCACCAGUGAGGAUCAGCAGGAGGUGCUCAGGCUCCUCUGCAGAGCCCAGCAGCUUGAGCUUGGCAACACAGAACUGCAGGCAAAUACGCUGUACAAGGACAAUCUCUUGUGCCAGAAGGAUUUUGUGAUCCAGCGACUGCAGCAGCACAUGCUACUCUGCGAAGAAAUUAUUCAGCAGCAGCAGAUGCUGAUAAAAGCCCAGAACGUUCCUGUCCCAGAGACACUGGCGAGGUUACACCACCUGCACCUCUCUGAGAUGGAGGAGAGGACACUGAACCGCCUGCUUCUGCUACAUUCAAUGAUGUCCAGCAUGCUCAGGCCCCACAAGAGCCCUUCUCUGGAUGUAAGUCAGCAUCUGGAUCCUAAUAAAGAUGAGAUCAGCACGGGUCUGCCUGGGAACGUGAAGGAUCUUCCCUGGGGGAUGAAGUUUGACAUUCCCUCCAUCACCCUUGAGUCAGACAGUGCUUUGAAGGGGAAAAGUAUAAAAGCUUUGAAUGAAAAGCAGAUCAUGAUGCCAAUUGCUUUGAUUUUUCAGCAGAAACCAACAGGUGUUGCUGCAAGAAAGAUGACUUCCAGGCUGCGUUCACCCACCUCUCUAGACCUGCAUGGGAAAAAGUCAGCUGCGGACACUGCUGCUGUUCCACUGAGUCCGGAGACCUUGAAGGAAAUUUCUGCCAACACCAAAAACAUCUCUCUCAUUGCAGUCAGUCGGCGUUCCAGAGCCCAACACAGAGACCUUGGGAGCAAAGUCUCCUCAGCCCACUCCUCUGAGGAGGAGAUGCUUGAGCUGAAGUAUCUAGAGGCCAAUUCCACCCCAGAGUGUCACAAGAGAGACAGUGCAAGUACCAGGAGUUUGCUGUCGGAGCCUGCAACCUCGAAAACUAAGCAGCGGACUCCCUCAAGCCCCAAUAUAGACAAAGCCUAUGAGAACCACCUGCGCCAAGCCAGACUCUUCCAUCAGUCAAAAGCUGCGAGUAGCAUAUGCAUUGCUGCAAAGAUCAAGGUUCCUAUCGGCUACCACUCAGCGGGGACUCCACUAGAGAUGCUGCCAAAAGACAACGCUCCUGCAAGCACCAUCCAGCAAAACAUUGCUGAUCGUGUCAAAGGACGGGUCCUACAGAAGCAAGUCAAGGGUGAGAACAUGAAGUAUCAG